GUUUUAAGGUCCAUGUGAAAGCUAUGAGCUUGGUAGAAAGUUUGGAAGUAAAAAGUAUGCAACGUCUGCUUUGUUUCCGAAAGUAAUGGACGAGGAAGAUACAAGAGAUUAUACAGAACCAUGUGCUCAGUGUUCUGAUGUCAAGUGGGGUAUCACUGACGAAGGCAAGUUCUAUUGCAGGUCCUGCCACAACGUGAUUGAGAAAACAAAAGAGGUUACCACUGCGGAUUCCUUUACUGCCAAUACAAGAAUCUUCUCUAUUAAUAGAGGAUUGCGAAAGAAAACCAAACUCGAGCAAGGCCGGGAGUGGUACGUGUGCGAGGGGUUUCAGUUUAUAUUGAACCUGCAAGCUGAUGCCAUUCAAGCUCUUGGGGUCUGCCCACAAUUUAAAGAUGAAGUCCUGUGCAAUUUCUGGCGCCGAUAUCUGCAGAAGAGUAGACAAGCCUAUACCAGAAAACCUCUGGAAGAUGUGGUGAGAUUAAGAAAGGUGUCUGAGUCGUCUCAAUCUUCGCAGUCCCCGGGUGGCUUGUCCUCAUUGUCCGAGAGUGAUCCGGAAGGAGGGCAGUCUGACGAGAACAGUGGUCUGGCCUCUACGUCUCGGAGCAGGUCACCACUGUCAGAUGACAUAAUGUCAGUGUGCUCCGGCUCUGUCGAUGGCAGGUUGCAUAGACCCCAGCGGCAGCGAGCCAAGAUGCUCAUGAGCAUGCCCAUGACGCUGGCUUUCUGUUCCAUGUCCUUACUGUGGCUGAGGGAAUCAAUCACGUUGUCCGAGCUCUUGAGGUUUGUUGCCGAGGGUCACAUUCCCUACAUCAAUGUGUAUCAGAGCUUUCCUGAGGAGUUGAAGUUGUAUGGAAAAGAUACGCAUAUCUUCCGGGUAGAUUCCUUCCCGUCAUGUGAAAGUGUACUACAACACAUUUACAAUAUUGCAGCUUUUUUGGACCUGCCGCGUUUUCCAGAAAUAACUGAAAACUGUGUUUUGCAUCCCAAUGUACUUUGCGUGAAAUACCUCAUGGAAGCUAAUUUGCCAGAUGAAAUGCACACCUACACAUGGAGAGUGGUAAAAAAGACUGGGAUGGGUGAGGAGGCAUCCUUAACCUUUGACCCCUUGGCUAAACCUGUCAUCCCUAUAAACUAUGACGUAAAAGCGGCAGCCAUUGUAAUAGUUGCUUUAAAACUGAUUUUUAAGCUGGAUGACGAAUUUGAAUGGUCAUUAUCUAAUGAUGCAGAGUCAGUGAACAUAAAGAACAAAGAAGGUGUGGAAAGUUUUAAUUUCCGAAAAUGGUACAAGACUAUGAAGCGGGCCUUGGAUAAGGCGAAUGAGGGUGUGGAAGAGGAUUUAGCCAGGUACAUGUGGCAAUGCAAGAAGCCCAUCUUCUAUUCCUCCAAAACAAGAAGUAUUGUGGUAAAAAAAAAACGCAUGGUGGUCAACCUGCAGCAGCAGUUCAGGAAGCUCACUGGAUCUGUCCCGAGGACUCCACAGCAGCCCCCGUCCAGCUUCCAGUUUACCUGGGAUGAGGAGAGCCAGGAUAAGCCAUGCUUCCACGGGCACAGCCUAAAGGCGUUCCUGAAGGAGGGUGCUGUCUGUGAACCUGUAAACACCGGCUACUGGCACACUGCACUGAAGCAGUGCAAAAAAAUGUACUGUAAAGAGCAUCUCAAGUUGGAGGAGCCACAUCUACCCCGGAGUUACAUAUUCGUGCUUAAUCUGUUCUCCUUCAUGUUGAAAGUAGACUCUGCCAUGCUGCAUACCGAGGUUCAUCAGGUAGAAAGACUGCUUCUUAAAGCAAAAGCACCAAAGAAUCCUUCGGUAAAACGGAGAAAACGAGUGCAUCAUUUGCAAGCAAGUUUUGAUCCCAUGUUUAUGAGUUAACAGUGCCAUACUGUUCAGAGGUUGAUCUCAAAUUCAUGGAAACUUUGCAUACACUUGAGCAUGAACUUUGAAAUUGUGUAGACAUAAAUGAUGACACAAAUACAGGAGAACAUGCACAACCCUGCCUCUUAGUAUGAUUUUGUUGGGAUUUUUUUUUUUUUUUUCACUGAUGCACUGUACAGUAUGAAAGUGUGCUUCUGUAUAUUUGCCUGCAGCUUCUGUAUGCUGGCUUUUGAAUGUGAAGUGCUAAGAUUGAACAGUAACAAAGUAGACAUGCCAACUCUUCCAGUAUGUGGACAUGGUUGAAAAUAAUUCAGAUACAGCAAGUCAAAAGCAGUUGCAAAACAACAUGUGUUCAGAUUUACUAUGAAGCAUGUCACAAGUGUUGGAGUUGAUGGUAUGGCUUGUCUGGGGAGGUUCAAACAAACAUUUACAGUUUGUUUCAUUUUUUUUUUGUUGUAAUUUUUAUGCAGCGCUAUUUUUUGUUGAAAUAAACGUUCUCUUCAUUGUUCUGUGAGUAAUGGGGUUUGCUCAAGAGUUCCAUCUGAGGUUCACCCGCGCUUCAACCCAGCGCUGGAAGCUUUGUAGGCAAUUCCAAUUGCCAAAUAAUAAUAAUAAUAAUAAUAAUAAUAAUAAUAAUAAUAUUCUCUUACAUGGAGAUGUUCUUCAGUUCAGGUACCUCGUACAGAAAAGCAAACGUGGUUCGUGAACUGUUUGUAAAACCUGUAAAGAUUAAAAGUAUUUGGAUGGGAGCGUAUCUUCGUAUUUUUGUGUACGUUUCAGUAGUUAUGGUACCGUUAGGGCCUAACAUUUAUUAGCAAAAUAAAUCAAAAUGUUUUAGUAAUUAAAAUAUAUAGUUAUCUGCAGUGUGUGUUAAUCCUGAUCGUUCUGUUUGUUCAGUUACUUGUUCACAGUUUGUAUUCAUAAAGUCUACCGUAGCUUGAUAUUUUUAAAUAAAGUUGCUGAAAGUAAUCGGACUGCGUGCAGUUUGAUUUCAACUCGUCAUUCAAGUCGAGACUAGUUGCAUGUACAAGAAUGGAUAUUUUCUUUCAACAAGCAGACAAAGUUAAAAUACAUGAAUACUGUAUGUACAUGUUUUCGGGCGCAUUGAUUUGUAACGGUGAUUAAACAUAGUUUGCAAGACAACAUUCGAGUUCCAUUAUCAGAGAUUUAAACCCAAUCAGGUCAAAGCGAAUCUCCGUCCAAUUUUAUUUAUUUAUUUAUUUGUAAAGAAAAUCGCAGGGUUGGAUCGAGCGAAGAUACAAAGUGAAUUAUUGUCAGCGGUGUCGUGUUAUUUUCAGGUACGCUGUUAAAAGUGGUGCUUGCUCUAAGAACAGUGAAGUAGACGUUAGAAUCCGGUACUUUUACUUUUCGGUCUUUUAAAUCGUUUACAUCAAUUGAAUGCAUCAUAUGUUCCAGUCGCUUCGAUCGUUAAUGUAAUUUAUCAUAUUUUCCACCAUUAAGAAAUAUAGUAUAGCAAUGUUUAUCACAAUACAUUGGGUCUUGUACAUUUUUUUUUUACUUGUGCAACUUUGCGGUGGUCUUCUCAUUUUGUCUUGCUUGUAGUGAAAUGUUUUUUUUUUUUUUUUCUUGUUAGAUAAAUUGGUUGUCUGUUUCCAAUUUUAAGUUUGCAAAAAAAAAAAAAAAAAAAAAGUAUAAUUAAUGGUAAAUUUACUACUGUUUGACAAUAGGAAAGCACCCAUCAGAUCGCAAUUUAUUGCACAUGUACCACUUUUUAACACUGCACCGGUAGCUACAAUGAUACAAACAUGAAGGUUGUAAUAUCUGAAUGUGAAGAAUAUUAUUACUUUAUUAUUUCUUUAUUAAAACAAAAAUAAAGAAAUAAUAAAUCUCCAAGCUUUCAGACUCCUCAAGGGCCCUGUGAGCCCGUGAGGCCCCUGUACAGUUGCACCUGCUGCACAGGCGACGUUGUUUCAUGCGCCCUUACCAACAACAACUCAACAACACUUAGGGUAAAGUUCAUUAAUUUCGCCUGCUGGCUAUACAGGAGGCCACCCUUCCCUGGGGUGACCAAGCCAGACACGCAAACUAACUUCUCAUCUUCAGCAGAAUGUAAGCGAAAUGUUUUAAGAAACGCAUAUUUUUUCAAACGUGUGUCUACUUUAAAGCAUAUUCUGAAACAACACGAAGAUGUAUCGAAAUAUGCUGCAAAAAGUGUAGUUGUUUAACUCGUAAAUAUUUGUUUUGACAGUGCAGGGUCACCGUUUGAGGCUCUCUUACGGGCUGGGCAUCAUCAAGAGCCUAACUGAAUGGAUGUGACUGCGCUAAAUCUGCGCCCAGCAGAAUAAAAACAAACCAUGCCCUUUUAAUAAACUGAAGGGCGGCUCUUAUGUGUGGUUUGUACGAACAACAGUGCUUAAAGAGAAAUGGUAUUGGUUUAAUUAUAAUUUAAAGCGGAAUAGCUUUCUUUGUUUAAUCCUCUCCCUCGUCAUCAACACAGGAAUGGAAAGGUUGCUUGUCUUCAGGACACUUUUUUUUUUUUUUUUGCGAAACAACUAAACAUAACAUUUUGUUUCCCUUCACUCGCCCCUUGUCCAUAUUUACUUUUUUCAACAGUUUCACAAGCAUACACUAAUCAAGUGAAUAAGACAAAGUGAUGUGAUAGAUACACUGUAGGCUGAUGUUCAUUUAUUUAUUUAAACAAUGAAGGUCAGUGAACACAUCUUUAAUUGAAGAUAUAUUCAGCCAGGGAAGCUCGCCUUGAACACAACCCUGAGCGUCCAGUGCUGUCUUUUUAUUGUAAGUGCUGUGUGUGUCAAACGUCCUGUUCUAAAAACGAAUGUUAAGAUUGCAAUUGGUUGGUUGUCACAGUGCUCAUAGCUGUGAAACCAGAUGGCGCAGACAGGUGAUGCUAACACUGAAAUGUGUGUUCUAUUGUCUGGAAGUCAGCCACCUUGUAAUUUGAG